UUCCUCUGAGGAAAUUGGAAAGACGACGGAAUAACAUGCUCCACCCUCUCACUCCCUGCCAGUCUUGGUCUCUUUCCUCCAGUUCUAGCUGGACAGAGAGCAAGAUCCCCAGUGGUGCCUGCAUUAUUCAGAAGAAUCCACUUCAGUGACAAAGUAUAAAAAACUUGUUAUCCCUUGUAACCCACUAUAGCAUCUUCUGCUCUAAAUACUCCUGGCUUCUGCAGAUAAGAGGAUAUGUUAGUCUUGCUCUUGCCACUCCUACCUUGGCUUCUCUGCCUCCAGGCAUACGGUGCAGAUCAUCAUGCUAUCGAUAUGCUCCAUCUGUCCUACUUUCCAGAUGAUGGUUCAGUGGAAGUUGUGGGCAAUGCCACUCUGGAUGGAAAGCUCACUCAUACUUUGGAAGGGCACAAUGAGCAGCUCAAUGUAAGUCAGCUGCUCCCACUGGAGCCUUCCAAUCUUUGGACACAGAGGAAGAAGAACCUGUACAACUACAUACAGCAGUUCCAGGACAUGGUCAAAGUGGUAGCUCGUGAGAGGAAUAUAGCAUAUCCCUUUCAUGUACACUGCAUUCAAGGCUGCCAGAUCUUCCACAACAGCACCAAUCACAGCUUCUAUGAAGUUGCACUGAAUGGGCAUGUUCUCCUGAAAUUCUACGCUGCCAACACUACGUGGGUACCUUUGGAGGCUUCUCCCAUGGCCUGGUAUGCCACUAGACAGUUGAACUACUACAACGAGACCACAAAAAACCUACAGUUUUUCCUACAAGAAACAUGCGUUAAGUUUGUGAUACAGCACAGUGAUGUAAACCAACCCUUGACUGGAGAACGUCAAGGUCGCUCACACACCCCACUGGUGCUUGGCAUCAUCGUGGGUGCCUUUGCACUUCUGGGCCUAGCUGUUUGCAUCUUCCUAUGCACAGGCGGAGAAAGAUAGUAUCAAGCACCAUAACAUUAUGAACCAAGCUCAACUGAAGGGAACACUGCAAAACAGACCCAUGUUCAUAAAACCUAUAUCCCAUACCUCCUGUGAGGUGAGCUUGAGCACAGCAGCUAGACAACCAUCAUCAUAGGGACCUUCCUAUAUAAUACCUGGAAGAAGGCUCUCCACUCUUGCUUUUACAUGCCCUGACCAUCAGUGAGGAGAAGCCACAAAGCACUGUAUAAAAAUUAAUAUUCCUGGACUUCUUCACAGUUCUCAAUUUCCUGGACUUCUUCAGUGUUUUCCCUCCUAACUUUUUAAGAAACCACCCUGGCAGUGGGAGAUUACUGUCAGCAUUUAACACUUAUUUCAUUUCAGGAGCAUGCAGUGAGAUGGCUUUGAUUCACAUUUCUAAAUGGAAGGAAAAAUACAGGGUUCCUUGAUCCAGAGACGAGUACUGCACUAUCAUCUCCAAGUGAUAUACAAAGAAAAGAUGUAACCAAGGACUCCUCAGCAGAUCAGUGAGAGGUGGAGAUCAUUAUAUAUCUUCAGUAUGAUAAAGUGACAAAUUCCGACAAAUGCAACUCAACAUCUCAGGAACAUUGGGGGCAAGCAGGAGGAACUCAUAAAAGUUGGAUUAGGAGCAGCAAAGGGGCCUGUUUUGAUUAAAUGGAAGACUACAAACAA